ACACUCCCAUAUUCCGGGUUUCUACACAGCGACUCGCAAACCCUAGCGGCAGAAGUCAUUGUUCUAUCGCCUCGGAAUCUACGUUCUCUCAGCGUCCGUUUGAUUUCCAGGGAUAUGGCUGGAAAGGGUGAAGGGCCGGCUAUCGGGAUCGAUCUCGGUACCACCUAUUCGUGCGUGGGUGUGUGGCAGCAUGAUCGUGUCGAGAUCAUCGCCAAUGACCAGGGUAAUCGCACUACCCCAUCUUAUGUUGCAUUUACCGACACCGAGCGCCUCAUCGGAGACGCCGCCAAGAACCAGGUCGCCAUGAACCCGAUCAACACCGUGUUCGAUGCCAAGCGCUUAAUUGGAAGGCGAUUCAGUGAUGCUUCAGUUCAAAGCGACAUCAAGCAUUGGCCUUUUAAGGUUGUUGCUGGUCCAGGUGACAAACCCAUGAUUGUUGUCAAUUACAAGGCGGAGGAAAAGCAGUUUUCAGCUGAAGAGAUCUCUUCUAUGGUUUUGAUCAAGAUGAAAGAAAUUGCUGAAGCAUACCUUGGAUCUGUUGUUAAAAAUGCUGUUGUCACUGUGCCUGCUUACUUUAAUGACUCUCAGCGUCAAGCAACAAAGGAUGCUGGUGUCAUUUCUGGUCUUAAUGUGAUGAGGAUUAUCAAUGAGCCCACUGCCGCUGCUAUUGCUUAUGGCCUCGACAAGAAAGCAAGCAGUGUUGGUGAGAAGAAUGUCCUUAUCUUUGAUCUCGGUGGUGGCACCUUUGAUGUUUCUCUAUUGACAAUUGAAGAGGGUAUCUUCGAGGUAAAGGCUACUGCUGGUGACACCCAUCUUGGUGGUGAGGAUUUUGACAAUCGCAUGGUGAACCAUUUUGUCCAAGAGUUUAAGAGAAAGCACAAAAAGGAUAUCAGUGGAAACCCGAGGUCGCUGAGGAGGCUGAGAACUGCAUGUGAGAGGGCAAAGAGGACACUUUCCUCUACUGCACAAACCACCAUUGAGAUUGAUUCCUUGUACGAGGGCAUUGACUUCUACUCUACGAUUACUCGAGCCCGGUUUGAGGAGCUUAAUAUGGAUCUCUUUAGGAAGUGCAUGGAACCUGUGGAGAAAUGUUUGAGAGAUGCAAAGAUGGACAAGAGCACCAUUCAUGAUGUGGUUCUUGUUGGUGGAUCCACCAGAAUUCCUAAGGUGCAGCAGUUGUUGCAGGACUUCUUCAACGGGAAAGAGCUGUGCAAGAGUAUAAAUCCGGAUGAGGCAGUUGCUUAUGGUGCUGCCGUUCAAGCUGCUAUCCUUAGUGGGGAGGGUAAUGAAAAGGUUCAGGACCUUCUUCUGUUGGAUGUUACUCCUCUUUCCCUGGGUCUAGAGACAGCUGGAGGUGUCAUGACUGUCUUAAUCCCACGGAACACCACCAUUCCUACAAAGAAAGAGCAAGUAUUUUCAACCUACUCAGACAAUCAACCUGGUGUCUUGAUUCAAGUGUACGAGGGUGAGAGGGCCAGGACCAGAGACAACAAUCUACUUGGAAAAUUUGAGCUGUCAGGAAUUCCACCUGCUCCUCGAGGUGUUCCCCAGAUCACAGUUUGCUUUGAUAUUGAUGCCAAUGGGAUUCUGAAUGUAUCAGCUGAGGACAAAACUACUGGGCAGAAGAACAAAAUCACUAUCACUAACGACAAGGGUAGGCUCAGCAAGGAGGAGAUUGAGAAGAUGGUACAGGAAGCGGAGAAGUAUAAGUCAGAGGACGAGGAGCACAAGAAAAAGGUGGAGUCCAAGAAUGCCCUGGAGAACUAUGCCUACAACAUGAGAAAUACCAUCAAGGAUGAGAAGAUUGCAUCUAAGCUGGCUGCUGGGGACAAGAAAAAGAUUGAAGAUGCGAUUGAGCAAGCUAUCCAGUGGCUCGAAGGCAACCAACUUGCUGAAGCUGAUGAGUUUGAUGACAAGAUGAAGGAGCUGGAGGGCAUUUGCAAUCCGAUUAUUGCAAAGAUGUACCAGGGAGACGGUGCCGACAUGUCUGGGGGAGUGGAUGAUGACAUACCAUCAGCUGGUGCCAGUGGCGCAGGGCCCAAGAUUGAGGAGGUUGAUUAAGCACCAGUCCACGCACUCUUCAGUCUUUUUCUACUCGAUUGUUGCAUGUUAGUGUUUGUCUUCCUUAUCUAAGUAACUUGUUGCUAUUUAUGACUAUCAUGACCUCGAUGUAGGUCAUGUCCGUUGUUUUCUGAACUAUAGUUUUGCGUCUAAUUUCCGUCAAGUUAACAUGGUAGGAAUAUUUAUUAUUUUGAUCCAUGUUUUAUCUAGUAAGUUUUGUUGGUGCAGUUGGGAAAA